CUUGUCAGUCAAAGUUAAUACAGGCUUCAACACUGUUCUCUUUCUUGAUUUAGGUUUAAUUUCCAUAUACUGGGUUAAAGUUAUUUGAUAAUUGAAUAAUAUUUCAAACUAACUUGUCUAAAUAAUUAAAAUUUAAGUUUAGUCAAAUUUUAUCAAUGGAAGUGGUAAAAAAUACACGAUAUAGAUUCAUUCGGGAUGAUCGAUUCUAUAUUUUCGCUGAUAUUAGCGUUGAAACGCAAUUUAAAAAACUUGAUUUGUGCCAAAGAAAAUUAAGUUUGAUCCUUAUGUCUUCCAUGAAAGAUGCUUUUGGAGACUAUGGUGUUUCAGUACCAAUCGAUAUUUUGAAAUUUCAAAAGAAGGACUGCAGAGCCUACAUUCGAUUUCCAGCUAGAGACAGCGUUAGAGUUCAAAGUGCAAUUGGCCUUGCUCACACAUGGGAAGGCCUUUCAAUCCACAUUAUAAUCCACAAACUUUCACAUGCAAUAUCUUCUCUCUGUUUAGAGUCUUUUGACCAACCUCACAAUGUUAUUGAAAAAUGGCGGUGACUUUAAUUGCAAUUUAAUUGACAAAAUAAUCUAAAUGCAAUCCAAGAAUAUCUUUCUAUCCUUAAUUUUUUAUUCAUUUUUGGAGCUCUACUCUUUACAGACAAUCAAUAUAAUAAUACUGUAAUACUUGUCUCUUGUAAAUUACUCAUUUUCUGCUCUUUCUGUUCUAAUUUGUUCAUUAAAGUGUGACUUUUUCAAUGGAUAAUAA